GCCCCGCGCGGCUCGGAUCCGGCGCCGCUGUUUCGGCCCGGAGUGGGUGGGGGUGAAGUCGGGGCAGGGGAGGAGCCGCCGGAGCUGCCGGAGCCGUGACACCCAGGGCAGCUACACUCAGAAGCCACAAGGAAUGCUAGUGGAGCCCCUCAUCCCUCCUCCCAACUUCUCUUCCAAGCUGCCCCAUGGCCCUUGAACCAGAAAGCCACUCCAGAAAGGUUGUGGGAUAGCCACGGGAGGCAUGUUGGUGGGACGUGCGUGACAGCAAGCAGUUAGGGUUUGUGGCCAUGUCUUGGGGACCUUGCUGCUGGUAUUGUCUAGCAUAAGAGGGUGGGCAGGAUUGGAGGGGGGCUGGAAGAUUUUCCUCCUGGGACCAGACACUGGGAUUCAUACUCUCUCCCCCUUUCUCCUCCAGCUGUCCCCCUUUUGCACUCUGUCUAUAUACUCUAUUGCCGUAGACAGUCAUUUCAAGGGCACAGCGAGGUUAACUACAAUGUGAGGGACUCUUGGGCAUUACAAACUGUACAGAUGAGGUAAGUGACAGGUUUAUAACGUUUUUCCGGUUUAUUUGGCACUGAUGUAGAACAAUCCUAGACUCUUCCUCUUCUUGCUGCCCUCUCACCAGCCCCUCUUUUAUUUUGAGCAAGCUGGUAAAGUUGUUUCCUUGUUCCCUGAACCCCAAAAUUGCUUCCUUGCCUUAUGUGGUGGUUCUUAAACUUCCCAUCUUAACUUAAGCACCUGAAGGGCUUGUUAAACACAGAUUGCUGAGGGCCCACCCCCAGACGUCCUGUUAAAAAGGCUGGGCUGGGGCUGGAGGCCCUGAGUGUCUAACAGGGUCUUAGGUGCUGCCGCUGCCGCUGCUGGAUUCCCACUGCUGGAUUCCCACUUUGAGAGCCGCAGCCUUUAGCCAGACUGUGCACAUGGCAGCCCUCUGGAGAUGCAGAGAGCUGUGAGUACUUCUGUGCUGGGAACUAGUAAUCUGAUCUUGUGUGGGGCGUUUAACCACUUCUGUUUGUAAAAUUGAGUGUAAGACUCACAGAAAACUGGAUGCUACAUUAUCUCAUGCCAAAUUUAAGACCAAACAAUGGUGAGUUUUCCCCCUUUGACUUCCUUUAUUCUUUUGAUAGGCAGCUUCCAUUGUGAUUAUUUAGAUCACUCCCAUGUCCUAGGCUUUUGCUGCGAAUUCCUAGUAUUGCUGAAGCCCCUGCUGUUUCUUAACUACCCUGCUCUCAAGGUCAGAGCCUAUGGGUUUUUCACCUUUCUGUGCCCAGCACCUUGUACUGUACAGUAGACAUUAGUGGGUGGUGUGAACUCCAGCCCUGCCCUCCUCCCUCCUGGAGUUUGUCACGCCACACUGUGAAGCAGGAGAUGGCUAGACCACCUGACUCCUGGAAAAAAUCUGUUGGUACCUACUGAUUUCUGAAUCUUCAGUACUUCUACUUCCAAGUUGGGGUAAAAGAAAUUUAUUGAGUGUAUUUUCUACUAAGGGGUUCACCAAGGGGUAGGUUUUGGAAAUAUAAAAAUGAGUAAGGAAAUCCUUCCUCCAGUAGGCAGGACUCACAGUAAGGGAGACAGACACAGCAAAAAUGACUCCUUUGGAUCAUGGUACAGUAUACAGUGGAAGGCUGGCACUCUUCAGGUUCGUGUGGUCCAGCAGGCAGGGGACCCAUAUUUUGUCAUCUCAGCCAAUCAGAGGAGCCUUGAAGGACACCACCUAGAAACAGGGCAGAGGGUAUCUGAUGUUGUUUGUUCAUUCAAAGCCAGAGAGAGAAAUGACUUGAGUUGACUUGUUCCACUAGGCAAGUCAAUACCUCAGGUCAAACUGUUUUUCUAAUGUCUGUUAUCCUAUUAUUUCCAAUGAAAUGAUGGUUCCUUCAGCCAUGUGAUUGGCAUCUACCAUGUUCAUUGUAGGAAUUGAGUAUACCUAGUUUUAAUUCUGACCACCAGAUGAAAGCUGCUGCUCUCAUAAGGAUGGGCCCCAGGUUUGACUGAUGUCUCUUGGUUUGCCUGCUUUACGUUACUUUGUGAUGUUUUGUUUAAAACUGAGGCAUGUAGAUUGAACUGCAUUUUUAAAGUCAAUAACCACUUCUGGGUAAUAUCCCUUAUGUUUGAAAAGUCUGGCUUCGUGUUGGAGAUUAACCAGCUUGAACAUAGUGGCCAGGUUCUAAUUCUGGCCUCUUAAAAUCUGUAUUUGGCUUCUUGAGUAAAUCCCUCUCACCAUCCUAUGCUGAUGUAUUAUGGAUCUGAUACUCAAUAUAAGAACCAGGGGUUCUUGUUCCUUUCAGAGCUCCUCAUCACCAUUAUAAAGCUGGUUGAUUUCUCAAAAGAUGAUCCAGUUCUUGGCCUUUAGGAAAGACUCAUCCCUGCUGUUGAGAUGAGUUGAUGUGACUUUUCCAUCCUGAAGAGGUAGAGCAAGGGUAGCACGUGGGUCCUUGCCCUCUGAAGACCUAUUUGCUGCUGGCAUUGCCUCCUAGGACUGCAGGAAGUGACUGUAGAAAAAAAUGUUUUAAUUAAAAAUAAUUCGUUAGGAUUUUUAUUUUACAUUGCUGUGUUUACAUCUUCUAUCACUGGCGUUUUAAUACCUUGAUGCUAACCACAAAGCCCACAGUAUAUCAGGGCAGAAGAUGCUUGUGUCAUGGCCUCCGCUGACUUUCUGUACCACCUGCUGCUUACCCAGCAUCCCUCUCUUUUUAUUUCUUCCCAUUUUCCCCCAUGUCUACUGCUAAUUCUGUUUCUUUAAAACCUGUUGUAGGCCGGCACCGUGGCUUAACAGGCUAAUCCUCCUCCUUGCGGCACCGACACACUGGGUUCUAGUCCCGGUUGGGGUGUCGGAUUCUAUUCCGGUUGGCCCUCUUCCAGGCCAGCUCUCUGCUAUGGCCCGGGAAGACAGUGGAGGAUGGCCCAGGUCCUUGGGCCCUGCACCCGCAUGGGAGACCAGGAGAAGCACCUGGCUCCUGGCUUUGGAUUAGCGAGAUGCGCCAGCCGCAGUGGCCAUUGGAGGGUGAACCAACGGCAAAAAGGAAGACCUUUCUCUCUGUCUCUCUCUCUCUCACUAUCCACUCUGCCUGUCAAAAAAAAAAAAAAAAGAAAAACCUGUUGUAUAAAGCCUUGAGCCAACUUCUCCCUUGGCUACUCAAAUAUUAGUUUUAUGAAGGGGAAAAAAUUAGCUGGCAAAAAUAUUUUAAAGAAAUAAUUCAUAGAAUUGUUUCAGCAUACCCAUCCUGAUGUGUUAAGGGGCCAAAAGCCAGGGCAUGUGUUCCCUGUUUCUCUUGCCUUCUGGGUUACGUUUUCAAAGGGCCUCUUGGGCUCACUAACUGGGUUGGCCUUAGAUUGCCUCCUCCCAAUCAUGAGGACAGGAGGGGACUUGCAGUUGGUUAGUAGAGACGAUGAGCAGGGCCAUCCCACCUGUGUUCUGAGGUUUUGGUUCCAUCUUACCUCAUUGCUUUGAAAGCAAGAACUGGCUUUAACACUUCAUUUGCGAUGUAAAAGUAAACAGACCAAGAUUUUAUCUGUGUAUUCUAUUUUUUUUCUAUUUAUGAUGAAAAAAAUUGUUUGCUUAUCAUUUAAAUCUUGCCUACCUCCCAAAAGGAUUUAAAACAGCUUGAAGAAGAAAGAAUAAACUAUUUUGAGCAUCUACCCUAUGCCAGACUCUAUGCUGAGAGACUUCUAUAGGUUACUUUAUUACUGCUUAAAACAACAAUGUGAAGUAAGUAAUAUUAGUCCUAUUUUAAGGAUGCGACUGAGGCUUGGAGAGUUAGUAUCAUAUUUCUAAGAAGUGAGAGGAGGGAUUCAAACUCAGGGUUCCAAAGCCCUCACCAUUACCUGGGAAGCCUGAACACACAUUUGUAUAUAGAGCAAUAAAAAUAAUGAAUCUUUCCAGGGAAAGGGUUAUAUUGGAGUAAUCGUUAAUUAACUAAAGAAUAGUAGCAUUGGAACAGAGCAAUUAACAGUUUUUAUUUGUUGAUUUCCAUUUGAGAACAGUGAGAUGAGCUAUUGAAAAAUCUUCAGAUUUGCAGGUUAUGGUCUGCAUUAGAGAAAAAGUGAGAAUGUAGGCGGAAGGGAUGUAAAUGCCCACUAAAUAUAUUCUAGUCAGAUCGCCCUCUCCCAUUUAGGCAGAUCCCUGUCAUCUAGGAGCCAGAAAGCUCACCCUUGACGGUAGUGUUUUAAAAUAGAGAACUAAAGACUCUUAUCACCUGUGGUUUUCUGUUUGUGUCAAGAGAAUCGUUAGGGACAAUUAGAGAAUUCCUGUGUGACACCUGCAGGUAAGGAACAGAAACAGGUGGGCCAAGGAUUGCACGAAGGCCUUCCCUUCUUCCUGUCUCCUCCCCAGCCUUACUGCAUGCAUCCUAAAACACCCACUCAAACCUCUAGGUCAGCCCAGGCUUGUUUUAGUCUUUUCUGAAACCAAGUCUUUUACUUUUCCUGACCUAGUUUCACAUUCUGUAUUCUAAGCUCACAGACGCCAAAAAGGCAUUAGAAUAGUAAAGGCCGCAAAUUGCAAGGCAGUCUUGCAGUAUAGCACAUCCCAUGAAUGUUAGAAUAAGACAUCCAUGUUCUGUCUCUAAUACUAACACAUGUUUGGUAUUUACAUAGCCUAUUUUAGUUCAUAAAGCUCUCUCAACUCAUGUAAUUCUGUGAAUUAGUGUAAUACUUAUCUCCAGAGGACCUUACCUGGUGCAAGCGCUCUUGCUUAUGUUGCCUCAAGAAAUCCUUAGAGUUGCUCUAGUUAUUUGAGGACUUGGGUACCCAGUCCAGAGCUCUGCUCUGCAGUGCACUACUGUGCUGUUCCUUCCCAUCUCUUAUUCCUUUCCCUUCAUUCCCACUGCUGCUGAUCUGUUUUUCUUCAUCUUGCUUUCUUCAUCUUCUCUCCCUGGGCCACCAAAAUAAAUGUAAGACAAGCAACAGGAAUCUCAACUUGUGACUUCUGAAGGGCACUUGAAAAUGAUGGAUUUAACAUGACACAUUUAUUCCCUUCAUUUUUCUUCAGAGAGCAAAGCCCACUGAGAGCAGGAGCCUUCUGUUCAUGCAGAGGGUGUAGGAUCUGUAGUAUGGAAUCUUGUGCAUAGUGCUCCAUGAAAAUGUUCAGGGUUCCUAGUCUACUUCACUGAACAUUAGUUCUGACUUAUGAAAUAAUAGAGAUUCUUUUGUUAAAGCUAAGGGACCCUAUGUAUCAAUUCUGUCUUCUCUUCCCCUCCUUAGAGGAGUGGGAGGUAUUGGGAAGCUUUGUCUGCAUAAAUAAUCAGUAUUGUAGUUGCAUUAAAUUACUUGAUGUCUGAUCUUUGUAGAUAUUGAAAUUGAUUCAGAUGCUUGAAGAAACAUGAUUUUCUUUCAAAUGCUCAGUUGUGUGUGACUUGCAUUUGGAUUAUCCCCAUGUAAAACUGAACAUUCCUUGUGAUGACUUGUGGUUCCAUCACUCUGGGAACCAUAAAAGUAUUCUGUUUUUCUCACAGUGCAAACGAUAAAUGUCUUUUCUUAUUUAUUAAUUUAUCCAGCACACAGAUUGCUGGACAAAUGAAUGAAUAAAUUAAUACAACAUGGCAUCUAUCCUUCCAGAGACAGACUUCAACUGAAAGCGUGCUUAGCAUUCACCAGUUCACCUUUUGGGGGCCAGACUCCUAUCUGACUGUAGCACAUGCUGCCCUCAGCACCUCUCAGUCCAAUGAGUUUAACUGCAAAAGGAACAACUUUGAUGACCAACUAUGCAUAUAUUGCAUGCUGUGGUAUGGUGCAGAACAAGUUCCUGUGGAGCAUAGUCUCCAGUGAUUGGGGAAGGCACUACAGGAAAACAGAACUGAAAGAUGAGUAGAGGUAGCCAAAGGGAGAGGCUGAGUGAGCUGUGUCAGGAAGGCCCGGUGAGGGCAUGGCAGAGACACUGAAUAGUCGUCCCAGCUGUGGCCUUCAGUUUGGGUGGCGGUCAAGGAGAGAAAGGAGGUCAUCAGGCCAGGUCUAGAAGGGCCUUGAGCAUCAAGUUGCAAAGAGUUUCAGUUCUAUCCUAAGGACACGACAAAGCCAUUGGCAGGUUUUGUGUGUUUAGAAAGCUCACUGCUUUUACUUCACCAUAUCCCAGUGGAGCUAAUGUGGGUGAGCUUCCUGCCUAUGCACUCUCUCCCAAAAACUAAAGAUAAAUGCAUCACUUUCAGAGGCGGACAUAAAAGCUAGAGGAAUAAGUACAAGUUGAUUCCACCAUGGGCUUAGGGGAUGUCAUUACCAAGAAAAGUUUUCUAGGCUUCUAAUACCUGUGCUGCGACCAGGAAAUAGGACUAAGAUAUUAGGAGGUAUGGAGGCUGUAGAAUUGAGCAUUUCAGAGCUACUUCUCCAUGAAAAUCUGUCUGCUGGCCCAAAAAGUGCAAGGAAGUUAGAGCUCCAUAAGUUUGACUAGGACCAAAAUCACUUGAGGACAGAGGUCCAAACAGUACACUAAGUGCAUGAUUUAGGAAUACCCUGAUAAAUUUAACAUAAAGACUUAUCCAGGGUCAAUGAAACUUAGCAUUUUAGUAAAAGCAAAUCAAAUUCCAUUCAAGGGCUCACUUUUACAAUUUGAUGCUCUCAGAAAGAUAAAACAGAUCAUGUUUCCCUGUAAAACAUGGGAAUGAAGAAGAGAGAAUGUGUUAGGAAUAAACAGGAACAGGAGGAGUUGGAGAAUGUUCUAUUUAGAGGGAGCGGGCUUCAAGAAAGCAUGGAGGCCUGAAAGGGCACCCUGUUGUCGGUGGAUCAGUGCAUUCAGUAUAGAUAGGUGAUAAAGAAGAGUACAACGUAAGGCUUGGAAAACAGAUUGGGGUUGACUAUCCCAUGCCCAGGAUUUCAAAACUAAUCUUACUAAGAACUUACUAUUUUAAAUAUGAGCAAUGUAGUUAGAACUAUAACUUAGAUUUGAUUAAUAGUAGAGUAUCAUUACUCUUCUAGACAUUUAAUACUCCAUUUAAUACUUAACUGUACCCUAUUGGAUGAUUGCCACAAUUAUCUCUGUUUGGUAAGUGGAGAACCCAGCAUAAAGAGAAUAAGAACUUGACCAUAGUUCCAACUUUGUCCCAGUAGACAAAGUACAGUGGAGCCAGAAUCCAAACCAUAGCUGUCUCAUUCCAGGGCCCUGGCUCUUAACCUUAUACACCUUCCUCAGUGUUUCUCAACCAUGGAUGCACAGUAGAACUACAUAUGGCAUUGCUUAAUUACAGUUGUCUAGGUUGAGUCAGAAUGACCAAAAGAGUGAUGUGUGAUACUGUACCCUUUUGCAAAAACUCCUGUAAUUCUUUUGCAUUGUGCUUGUAACUGCCUACUGUAGGGACCCCAGUAAGGAGAUCAUGGCAGUGGUCCCAAAGAGACAUGAUGAGGGCCCAGAAUAAAGCCGUCUGCAGGAAGGGAAGAGGAAGAAACACAGAGGCUCAAGUGUUAGAGUUGGUUUAAUGAGCGUUAAGCACCGAGGAAGAAUCAGGUGAAUCCAACGCUUACUACAAAGCCGAUUGUUAGUAACAAUGAUCUCAGCCAGGACAUGAUUCCAGAAACAAGUAGGUUUGGGAGUAGGAAUAAUUAAUUUAGUUUUGAACACAUGAGCUUGAGGGUCCGUGUGUCAGCCGACUAAAGAUGUCUUAACGAGAAAGGUUGGUUUUUAGGGUUCCUGUGUGCCAACCACUAUGUAAGCCCUCACUGUUACAGAGCCCUCCCCUCAAAUCUCUUGAGUCCCCAUUUUUUAUAAGUUAAUCCUGACUGAGUCAGAACACAAUGCACCUCCAUAAAGCCUUCCACAUCUAUGGCAGCCCUGCCGCUGUUUCUCAGGAUGUGUGAAGAUUCUUCAAAAGGUUCAUGGAAAAAUAGAAUUGAAAGUUUAUUUUGGUGAAAAAUAUUGUAAAAUCCAUACAUUUUUUGCAAAAUGUACAUUUUUUCAUGAGCUGCUUGAAGGUCCCUUUUAUGCACGAAUUUCAAAACUUUUUGCACCCAAAUAAAUUUAUCUUUUAAUCUCAUUUUUCAUGAACCUUUUGAAGUACCGUAGUACAUGCUUGUUCAUAUGUAAAUAGGCAUGUACAUACAACAUACGCUGUGGUCAGUCCUAGUAGGUGACCGUAAGAGUGCCUACUCCCAGCCAUUGGAAUACUGCAGGAACCCCAGUUGGAGGUCACAGCAAGGGUACAGACUAAAGCAGCUGGCAGGAAGGAAGAAGAGAAAACAGAUUUGGAGGCAGAAGGGGUAAAAUCGGUAGUAUCCAUGAAAUAGAAAUAGAAAUGCAGUAUUUUCCUUUGGGCUAUGAAUGUGGCUUAGGAAAGGGAGUAGAGGACCAGUCUCCAGUCAUGCAUGAUCUCCUGUCCUCACUAGAGCACAACACAAGGUCCCUUGGGAGAAACUCCUCGAGGUGUCCAGGCUGAGAGUUGGGGGCAAUGCCAGUGUGAGCUCUAGAUGGUGUGAGACCGCCCCAGAGCCAGGAAAUGGCCACAGCCUUGGAGCCAGAGGACCAAGGGCUUUGGGAAGAAGAGGGCAUUUUCACGGUGAAACUGGAAGAUGAUUUCACCUGUCGGCCAGAGUCUGUCUUGCAAAGGGACGACCCUGUGCUGGAGACAUCUCACCAGAACUUCCGCCGCUUCCGCUAUCAGGAAGCAGCGAGCCCUCGGGAAGCUCUCAUCAGACUCCGGGAACUUUGUCAUCAGUGGCUGAGGCCAGAGAGGCGGACGAAGGAGCAGAUCCUGGAGCUGCUCGUGCUGGAGCAGUUCCUUACCGUCCUGCCUGGAGAACUGCAGAGCUGGGUGCGGGGCCAACGGCCAGAAAGCGGCGAGGAGGCGGUGACGCUGGUGGAGGGUUUGCAGAAACAGCCCAGGAGACCAAGGCGGUGGGUGACCGUCCAUGUUCACGGCCAGGAAGUUCUGUCAGAGGAGACAGUGCAUCCAGGGACAGAGCCCGGGUCCCCCAGUGAGCUGCAGGAUCCUGCGCCGACCUCGACCCCUGAGCAGUCCCAGGAGGAAACCACACCAAGCCCAGAUCUGGAGGCGGUAGAGGAGCAGAGCCCGUGCCGUGAAGAGGAGCUGCAGCCUCCUGAGACAGAAGUUCCAGUGCCCCAGGACCCAGAACUGCCUGCAGAGAGAAGCUCCAGAGACCCCGAGAUGGUUGCCCUUCUCACUGCUCUGUCCCAGGGACUGGUGACUUUCAAGGAUGUGGCCGUUUGCUUCUCCCAGGACCAGUGGAGUGAUCUGGAUCCAACACAGAAAGAGUUCUAUGGAGAAUACGUCUUGGAAGAAGACUGUGGAAUUGUGGUCUCCUUGUCAUUUCCAAUCCCCAGACUAGAGGAGAUCCCCCAGGAGAGAGAGGAGGAACCUCAGAUCCUAGAUGUCCCAGAGCCUCCUCAAGAGCCCGACGAGCCAGAAAUCCUGAGUUUUAUCUACACAGGAGACAGGAGCGAAGAUGAAGAAGAGUAUUUUGAACAAGAAGAUCUGAGUUUGGAGGAUAUGCACAGGUCCAUUUUGGAAGAUCCAGAAAUCCACCAGACCCCAGAUUGGGAAGUAGUGUUUGACGAUCGUCCAGGCAGACUUAAUGAAAGAAGAUUUGGCACAAAUAUUUCUCCAGUUAAUAGUUUCAUCAAUCUUCCAGAAGCUAUGGCCAUCCACCCCCUGUUAGGGAGACAUCAUGACUGUCCUGUUUGUGGAAAGAGCUUCACUUGUAACUCCCACCUGGUGAGACACCUGAGGACUCACACAGGAGAGAAACCCUACAAGUGCAUGGAAUGUGGGAAAAGUUACACGCGGAGCUCACAUCUUGCCAGGCACCAGAAGGUCCACAAGAUGAGCACUCCUUAUAAGUACCCCCUAAACCGGAAGACUCUGGAUGAAGCGCCUCCCCUGAUUCAGGCCGAGAGAACACCACCUGUGGAGAAACCCUACAGGUGCAACGACUGUGGGAAGCACUUCCGCUGGACUUCAGACCUGGUCAGGCAUCAGAGGACACAUACAGGAGAAAAACCCUUCUUCUGUACCAUCUGUGGCAAAAGCUUCAGCCAGAAAUCCGUGCUAACAACACACCAAAGAAUCCACCUUGGGGGCAAGCCCUACCUGUGUGGAGAGUGUGGCGAGGACUUCAGUGACCACAGGCGCUAUCUGGCGCACCGGAAGACGCAUGCAGCCGAGGAGCUGUACCUGUGCAGCGAGUGUGGGCGCUGCUUCAACCACAGUGCUGCGUUUGCCAAGCACCUGCGAGGGCAUGCUGCGGUGAGGCCCUGCCGGUGCAACGAGUGUGGGAAAAGCUUCAGCCGGAGGGACCACCUCGUCCGGCAUCAGCGCACACACACCGGAGAGAAGCCGUUCACAUGCCCAACCUGUGGGAAAAGCUUCAGCAGAGGGUAUCACUUAAUAAGGCAUCAGAGGACCCACUCAGAAAAGACCUCCUAGCAUAGCCUCCAGGUGAGGAGACCUGCAUUCAGCCCUUACCCAAGGGUGGGCUAGGCGAAGCCCUCUGGUCAGCCGGGAAGGCCUUUUCUCGGGAGUCGCCCCUAGCGACCUUACCAUAAAAGUCGCAGGCAGAACCUCAGUUCUCUCAACCUGCUUCUAUGCAUGGAGGAGUUGAGAUUUCUCCUUGACUGAAGUGCCCCUGCUUCUACCUGAUGUGGGUAAAGUAGGGAGAACCAGAAGACUUAAGAGGUUGUGGUUACUGUUUUCCAAAAACUAGCCUGUUACAUAUCCUGAAGACUUCUUGACAGCCUCAAGUUCAAAGUGGCCAAGGACAAGUACUUGGGUUUGGUAAGGGACCAGCCUGAAGGAUGCUGUCCUCACUGGGCUCAAAUCUUAAAGCACACAGCCCUGAACUCAAGACAGGAGAUUUGCGUCCUGAGACCUUUGCCACAUACUUGCAGGAUAACUGUACAAAUCCCUCCCUGUCUGAUUCACUUCCUCACCACACACUUUCCUUUGAUGCUGGGGAGAAAUGGGAGAAGUGAUUGGUGGGCAAGAAUCUCAAGGCUGCUUAAUAGGAACCUUGUCCAGCUGCUGCCUUCCCUAUUGUCAACAUGAGACAGGUGCCAGACACUGCUAGAGAGGAGGGCCUACUCAGGCACCUCUUCCCUUGUGGGUUUUUUUUUCCUGUCCCAAUACUCAUGCCUUUAGCCUUCCUGCUAUCCAGCCAGUCUCUUGGUUUUGUCCCUAGCACUUCUACAAGGGAUACAUAGCAUUUGAGUGCUGAGGGAUUCAGUAAAGCAUUAAUGAAGUCAUAGUGAAAUUAUUUACAUUCCCACAUAUGUACAAGCCCACCCACCUCUCCUCACCCUCUACAUACGGGUGGUAUGAGGGGACUUGGGGACAGUAUCAGCUUGCAGAGGCACUACAUGAUUAUAGAAUCAUGAUUGAUCAGGUGACUUCAUUUACAUGAAACUGAAGAUCUGAGAUCAAACGAUAGCAAAAUAAGAAAAAGCUGUUGCUGCUGGCGAACACCAUCAAGACUGUUCUCCUGGCACCCAGUUCCCACCAUCCCUGCCUCAGUUCUCCAGGAAAAACCAUGAACCAACCCCAGCACCUGGGACCCUGAAGAAUUUACCAGGAGUAAAUGGCUUUCAUGUAUUUUUGUCGUUUGCUUUUUCUUAUGUGAUUUCAUUUUCAUGUAACUAAGAACUGAGUGAUAUUAUCUCACGAUGGCCCAAGGAUCUCUGUAGCCUGAUAAAGCCCCACAGAGAUGAGGCUGAGAGAUUAUGAACCUCACCUUCUCUGAUUGUGGGAGUGGCAAGGACCGGGGACACAUCCUCCAGAAAUGGGGCACAGGGUAUGGGAUUAAAGCAUGAGA